CUCCACCUGACGCCACGCGGGCUCACAAAGAAUAUCUCACCAAGGUCUCAACCCAAAAUCCAAGAGAGAAAAACUAAUAAAAGUCUUCUUUUUUACCAAGUUCACACACUCCUCUCCUCAUCGCAUCGGUUUUUCCUCUCCCUCUCUAGUCUCUAAUCUCUAUCCGAUCCCCCAAGCUCGAGCCUUUGUUGAGAAUCGUUGAAAAGAGGAGGGAGCUUUUCGGUCGGGGGUCGUGUCGGCGUCGCAUGGCUCGCCUGCUGCAGCUCCCAGACCUCGCGGCGGCGAGGCCGCCGGCGGCGCGGAGGAGGAGGAUCUUGGUGUCGGCGGAGGCCGGGGGUGGGGUGAAGCAGCAGCAGCAGCAGCAGCGUGCGUCGGUGGGGAGGGGGAGGAAGGAGGGGGAGGCUGCGGGGCGGGUGAUCAGGGUCGCCGACCCCGUGCGGGAAGGGAGGCUGCUGCCGCCGCCGCUCUUCUCCGUGCCGGUCACGCCGUCGGAGUCGCCGGCGGCGGCCAGGCAGCGGGAGGACGACGAGGAGGAGCGGCGGAGGUACUACCUCAACAUGGGGUACGCGAUCCGGACGCUGAGGGAGGAGCUCCCCGAUGUGUUCUCCAAGGAGCCCAGCUUCGAUAUCUACAGAGAUGAUAUUGUCUUCAAGGAUCCUCUCAAUAAAUUUGAGGGCAUUGAUAAUUAUAGAAGGAUAUUCUGGGCACUCCGCUUCACUGGCCGAAUCUUCUUCAAAGCACUAUGGGUUGAUAUAGUUAGCAUAUGGCAGCCUGCUGAGAAUCUUAUCAUGAUUCGCUGGAUUGCCCAUGGCAUUCCUCGAGUCCCGUGGGAAAGCCAUGGUCGCUUCGAUGGUGCUUCUGAGUAUAAACUUGACAAGAAUGGGAAGAUCCACGAGCAUAAGGUGCACAAUGUUGCUAUGAAUCCACCAACAAAGUUCAAGGUACUGCCGGUCCACGAGCUAAUCAGAUCACUCGGUUGUCCCUCCACACCGAAACCAACAUAUUUUGAGAUUUCAUCUCAAUCUUUGAGCGUAGCACCUUGUUAUUUAAGAUUGGCAUGGGCAAGAUGCUACCUUCAGUUGUGCCAUAUGCUUUCCCUAGCAAAUCUGGGAGAAGGAUAGCUUGGGUUUAGCAUGAUAUUUCUAAAUUUUGCCCUUCUGUUGAAUGAUAGUGUAUCAACUCACUAAUUGGUUGUACUUGCUGUAUAUAUAUGUACAGUGAUAAAUUUAUAUAGAAAUAAGAGUUUUUUUUCCGGUUGA